CUCCUCCUCCUGCUGACCGUGUGUCCGGGUAUUUGAGCUGAAGCUCCGCAGCUCCGCGUCUCACUGCCGACUGACAGCCAGAGCACCGACAUGGCUUCCCAACGGGUCAUCGUUUACGGAGGAAGAGGCGCUCUGGGCUCCAAGUGCGUCCAGCACUUCAAGUCCAAAGGAUGGUGGGUGGCCUGCAUCGACAUGGCUGCAAACGACGAGGCGAAUGAAAACGUGAUUGUGAAGUUGAGUGAAUCGUUCACCGAGCAGGCAGGACAGGUGACGGCAGAUGUGGCCCAGUUGCUAGGGGAACAGAAAGUGGACGCCAUCUUGUGCGUGGCCGGCGGAUGGGCCGGAGGAAACUGUAGUUCCAAAGACUUAUACAAAAACACUGAUUUGAUGUGGAAGCAGAGCGUGUGGACCUCCACCAUCUCCAGCCACCUCGCCGCUCUGCACCUAAAACCAGGUGGACUCCUGACAUUGGCUGGAGCUAAAGCAGCCCAGUCUGGCACUGGAGGCAUGGUAGGCUACGGUAUGGCUAAAGCUGCCAUCCACCAGCUGUGUCAGAGUCUUGCAGCAAAAAACAGCGGGAUGCCGUCAGGAGCUGCUGCGGUUGCCAUACUGCCCGUUACCUUGGAUACGCCGAUGAACAGGAAGUUCAUGCCUGACGCAGACUUCAGUUCCUGGACACCGCUGGAGUACAUUGCAGAGAUGUUCUACAACUGGUCCACCGGCACAAACCGGCCAGCAUCGGGAAGCCUGAUGCAGCUGCUGACCUCCGGAGGUGAAACCCAGGCUGUGGCCGCUCAGUAGAGGACAGAGCGGAGCUGUGGAGCCGGUGAUGGGGGUUGGUUUGUUGGUUGGUAGGGAGAGAUAAAGAUGGAUGGAAGCAGAGAGACAGGGGGGGGGAGAGGAGGAGUUGGAGAGCCACAGAGAAGGAGGCUGGUGCAGGGAGGAGGAGGAGGAGGAUGUGGUGAAGAAGAGUAAGAGAGAUGGGAGGAGUGAUGAGGAGGGCUGGAAGGUGUAGAGGUGAAGAAGAGAGAUGGUGACAGAGAGGAACUGAAUAAAAGAGGGAGGUGGAGAGGAGACGCCCGAUGGGUUUGCUUUGGAGGAGGAGGAGGAGGAGGAAGAGGAGGGGGAGGAGGGGUGGGGGCUUCCUUUCCGAAUGCAGCCUCACUGCGCCAUCUAGCUGUACAUCACUGCAACCGUCCCGCUGUGACACAAUCAGACCGUGUUGAAUCUCCGCUAAUGAUAAUUCACUGUUGACCAACGAACCAUCAAGACUUGAGUAUUUCAUUCAGUUUCAGGAUCAGUGAUGUGAAAUUGUGUUAAUUGGGAAACAGAGUACAUACUGCUAUAUUUGGGCCUCAUGUGGUGUGACUGAUGUGAAAGCAGGCGCUAAUAGAGAUGCAUAUUUUUGAAGCUUGGGAUGCCUAACCAUUGCCAUUCAGUGUUAUUGCAGUGUUAUUACGGCAGGGAAAGUGCAGAAAAUUAACGAGCAAGGCGUUUUGCCACCCAUGAUUUUAUCCAUUCCUCUUAAACAACUUCAUAACCACAUUACCUGUCUAGUCCAAUGUGACGUGUGAGAUGUUUUUUUUAGUUUCUGCUGUUCAAUGUUCCCCCAGAGGUCCUCUGCCACUGAGGAAACAUAAAGUCGACGUAAGCCGCUGUCUUCUCUCAAACGGACAACACGCUUUAAAGUGGAGUGGCCUUAUUUUCUGUUUGUAGCUAUCAAGUGUCCUUGGUGUCCGCGGUACGAAGAAGGUGCUCUGUUCCUGUUGUGAGUUUUUAAGUUGUGUAUUCUGUGUCAAAAUUCACAAUAAAAUGAGUGCAAAUAAAUGAU